AUGGAGACCAAGGCCACGGUGACUCUACCCGACGACUUGCUGGCGGACAUCCUCGGCCGUCUCCCAGCUCGCAGCCUCGCGGCGUCGCAGCGCGUCUGCAAGGCAUGGCACGAGCUCGUCGAGAACCGCCGGCUUCUUCUCCGGCUGCGGCGCCUCCUCCCGCACUCGGUGCGCGGCCUCUUCAUCAACUACCAGGACUACGGCAACCCGCACUUCUUCGCCCGGCCACCGCUGGCGGUGGCGGCGGACGGUGCUCGGAUCAAGGGCAAGGUUGAUUUCAUCGUGCGAGAGAUCAAUGGCUACAGCUUUAGCAGCUGGUAUGAAGUCGCGGAUCACUGCAAUGGCAUCCUCCUCUACCGGGACACCGACCAGCACGUCUUGUACGUGCUGAACCCCGCGACUCGGCGGCGGGCGCGCCUGCCGCCGUGCUCCGGCGAGGAUUGGAAACGUCGCGCGUUCCUUGUGUUCGACCCCGCCGUGUCGCCGGAUUACAAGGUGCUACUAGAGCCCGUUGACCCGAGAGAGGCUGCCUGCAGUCGUUUGAUGCAGUGGCCGCCGGCGGCAUGGAAGUGGCACGAGUUCUCGUCGAUGACCGGGAGGUGGAAGGAGAAGGUGUUCGUCCUCGAAGGCGAGGCGGCAGGGACAGUAGGUGAGUUGGUACUGGGCUUGGAUUCGUUGAGAUACAGUAUGGUUCCUCGAUGGCGCUAUGCUGCCUACUGGAAAGGAGAACUCUACGUACACUGCCGUGGUGAAUUUGUUGCAAGGUAA